AUGCAUGAUCUUUUAGAGGGUGUGUGUGGUUUAGAGGCUUAUCUUGCCAUUGGUGCAUUAAUACAAGAAGGCUAUUUCACUUUAGAUCUACUAAAUAGCAGAAUUACAAGCUUUGAUUAUGGAUUUAUAGAUAGCAAAAAUAAGCCCUCCAUAGUAUCUGCUUCUAAGCUCCAAAAUCCAGAUGGCUGCACCCAACAGACAGCUGUGCAGAUGUGGUGCCUAGUUCGGAAUCUUCCUCUCUUAAUUGGCGAUAAAGUUCCCCAAGAUAACGAUUACUAUGAGUUACUGUUGCUAUUAUUAGACUGUAUGGAUUUUUUAUUUUCGUAUGAAGUAACUGAUGAUGAUACGUUGUUCCUCAAGCACAUUAUCAAAGAUCACCAUGAACACUUUUUAAAAUUAUUUCCAAUGCGUCAUCUAAAGCCAAAACACCAUUUUAUGACCCACUAUCCUCGCCAAAUUCGUAUGCUGGGACCAAUUGUACACUAUUGGGUAAUGCGGUUUGAAGCUAAACAUGGCUUUUUCAAAAGAUUGGGUCAUAUAGUUUGUAAUUUUAGAAACAUUUUAAAAACACUCAGCUACAGGCAUCAAAUGUACUUUUGUUACAGUAUGAUGGGUGCAAAGGAUCUAGUUAAUAGAGAUCAGGAGGUUGGACCAGGGUCUUCUGUCCUCGUGGCUUCCUUUGCAAAUGCUAGAGUUAUGGGAGAAAUACUUGGUGUUAAUCUUCUGGAUAAAGUUUAUGUUGCCAAGUGGUGUGUUGUACAUGGAAAAACAUACCAAAAGAAUAUGGUUGUUGUUACACAUAAAACAGAUGAUCUUGAGCCAGUUUUUCAAAGAAUUGUUUAUGUUGUUUGUAUGAAUGAUGGAAUUACAUUGGUUACUGAACCAUUUCAACUU